CUCCAGCACUUUAAACCCCGUUUCUUUAUUUAUUCCGUUGUCCGUUUUUUUCUCCCCCUCCCAUUCACCUGGUCCAUGUGCAACCCCUUGACACUUGCUGUGCCGCGUGCCUAUGCGAUCUACUGAUAGCUUUGAAGAGUUUUACCAGAGAGAGAAACGAGACAUUCAGAAUGAAUUCUCCCUACUCCACAGCUGUGCAGUACUGCCCCGAGACACCCUAUCAUCGGUUGAGAGACCCUUCAUCACGUCUCUCCUGGACUGAGAGUUCCUUCCUGGCCUCCAUGAUGUCACAGAAUCAGUCAGGACAGGGCUCUGACCUCCUUAGUCAGGAUGUCUUCAAUCAGCUGCUGGAGAUGCUGGACCAGUCUGCGUUCCACUCAGUACAGCCUAUUGAGCUGAACUUCUCAGAUGGCCCAGGAGACCUAGACAGACCUGCUGGCAACACCAUCCAGAUCAGCAUGGACUGUAUCACCAUGCAUGAGGGACAGGAAGCGUUCACUUCCCAGUACACCAACCUGGGGCUGCUAAACAGCAUGGAUCAGAACAUCCAAAACGGCGGCUCGACCUCCACCAGUCCCUACAGCACGGACCAUGCCGGCAACAAUGUGACAGCUCCGUCACCCUACGCCCAGCCCAGCUCCACCUUUGACGCCAUGUCCCCGUCCCCCGCCAUUCCGUCCAACACUGACUACGCCGGGACACACACCUUCGAUGUCUCCUUCCAGCAGUCCUCCACAGCCAAGUCUGCCACCUGGACGUAUUCCACAGAGCUGAAGAAGCUGUACUGUCAGAUCGCCAAGACGUGUCCCAUCCAGAUCAAGGUCCUGACCAACCCACCACAGGGUGCUGUCAUCAGAGCCAUGCCGGUCUACAAGAAGGCCGAGCACGUGACCGAAGUGGUUAAGCGAUGCCCCAACCACGAGCUCAGCCGUGAGUUCAACGACGGUCAGAUAGCUCCUCCUAGUCAUCUGAUCCGAGUGGAAGGCAACAGCCACGCCCAGUAUCUGGAGGACUCCAUCACAGGCCGUCAGAGUGUCCUGGUCCCCUACGAGCCUCCCCAGGUGGGGACGGAGUUUACGACCAUCUUGUACAACUUCAUGUGUAACUCCAGCUGUGUGGGAGGAAUGAACAGACGGCCCAUCCUCAUCAUUGUCACCCUGGAGACCAGAGAUGGUCAGGUGUUGGGCAGACGGUGCUUUGAGGCCAGGAUCUGCGCCUGCCCAGGCCGGGACCGUAAGGCGGAUGAGGACAGCAUCAGGAAGCAACACGUGACCGAUGGAACAAAGACCAGUGAGGGUACGAAACGCCCCUUCCGCCAGGCUUCUCAUGGCAUCCAGAUGUCUUCCAUCAAGAAGAGAAGAUCCACGGACGAGGAAGUGUUUUGUCUGCCUAUUAAAGGUCGUGAAAUCUAUGAGAUUUUGGUGAAAAUCAAAGAGUCUCUGGAACUCAUGCAGUUUCUACCUCAGCACACUAUAGAGUCAUACAGGCAACAACAGCAGAAUCUCCUGCAGAAACAAUGGGAUCUCUGGGGCGAUGAGAGUAACGGCCUGUACCCUCCUCUUCCCUGCCCCAGGAGCUCCAUGACCCCCCAGCCCCAGUACGGCUCCAACUCACCCCCACACCCCCACGGCCACAGCAAGGUCAACAAGCUCCCCUCCGUCAGCCAGCUCAUCAACCCACAGCAGCGCAACACACUCACCCCCUCCUCCAUGGCCUCUGGCCUGACCGACAUGACUCCUAUGAUGGGCCACAUGGCUAUGAAUACGGACAUGUCUCCCCUGAGCCCCACGCACGUGCUGCAGUCCCAGUUACCCAUGGUGCCCAGCUCCCACUGCACCCCCCCGCCUCCAUACCCCAUGGACAGCAGCAUUUCCAGCUUUCUUCUGCGGCUGGGCUGCGCAGCCUGCCUGGACUACUUCACAGCACAGGGCCUGACCAACAUCUACCAGAUUGAGAACUAUAACUUGGAGGACCUGUCCAGACUGAAGAUCCCCCAGGAGUACCAGCACACCAUCUGGAAGGGCCUCCUGGAGCAACGGCAGAGCAUGGACUUCUCCCCUCCUCCCCACAUUCUGCGGACCUCCACCGGGGCCUCCACGGUCAGCGUGGGUUCAUCGGAGGCACGGGGCGAGAGGGUCAUCGACGCCGUGCGCUUCACACUGCGCCAGACCAUCUCCUUUCCGCCACGCGACGACUGGUCCGACUUCUCCUUUGACCUCGACUCCAGACGCAACAAGCAGCAGCGCAUCAAGGAGGAGGGGGAAUAGACGCUCCCGUGUCACCCCCCACCCCCCCCGCCCUUCCACACCCCCGACGACACGGGUCGCGUUUCAGGCUGCCUACAUUGCAGACGCACGCCUGAACUCACAGCGCCUGGAUAGGUUCUACCUAUCAGCUGACCAGAUUGUACGAUUUGGCGGUCUGAUUGCUGACUGCACAGGGGAUGGGUGUUGCACACACCCACUGCCCGGUGAAACCGUCUGCAAUAUAUUCAGCCUGGAAAGUGACCAAUAAGUACAAAAAACCGGUUUCAAAAUGCUCUAGUACGUCCCCAUGGACGUCCCAAGGAACAAACUACAUUAUGCAAAUAAAAACUGCACUUAUUUUGUUUAGUGUUUUUUUUUAACAUUUUUUUUAUUUUAAUGCCUUCAAUAUCUGCCAUUGAGCUGAGAGAUAAAUGGUGUUUAGAAAAGCUACAUUUUAUUGUUUUUGUCUAAUCAAAUUUCUUGAGACCAAGCACUUAAGAAAUGCUUUUGGGAUUGCUUUGAUGUUGUUUUAUAAAAGUGUUCAUAAUCCAUUCCAAUGUUAAAGUAUGACUGGAGAGAAAAUCUUUAAGGGGCUUUGUUGUUGUUUUUGGUGAUUGGCCGGGAAUUCAGUCCAGUGCAUGUUAAACAGCCAUCCACAAGACAGACAGAAAUCUGCCAUUUAAGGUUGAACCACCCAUUUGUUGAGAUCUCAAUCACAAGAAACACUUGUCAGCUCAAGCACAAAUGACCUUUAAAUCACGAGUACGGCCCCAACCUGGACUGAAUGUCGGCCUAUAUUGCUUUGAAACAGACUGUUACGCUGGUCUGUAGGGUAUAUAGUUCACAACACUGUUGUUUUACCUGCUGGCAAAAGUCAGGCUUGAUUGUAUAUACAUUUCAAGAUACAUAUUUUUUACUUCCUGACAGAAAAGUGUUAUUAUGAAUAAUAUCCCAUUGGUUGGUUGGGGUUUUUACUACUGCUGUAGCUGCCUGCUAUUUUAUCUGCACCUAGGUUUUUUUUAAGAACUCCGGGCUGGAGUCUUUCGGAUUUUUCUGUAUCCUCCCCACGUCUUGGGAAAACCUUUGUGCUUUGGGAAAGUUACCAGAAUUAUGCAACUCUAGUGUUAGUUAAACCAUGGUGUUUUUGACUACUGUCCGUAUGAAUGAGAGUAUUGCGUUGUUGUAGUGACAAGCCGUUUUAUCUGAAGUAUUGACUUUUGUUAGCUGGUUUCCCAUUUCAUUGAACAAGUAUCUCAAAGCUUUUCCAUAAACUGUGAGGUUGGGAUGGCGGGAUCAAUGACUGAUUUUGAUGAUAUAUGUAUGCCUUUAUUGUUGACUUGGUCCCAAAUAGCACCCUAUUCACCAACAUAGCAGUGCAUUACUUAUGAAUAGGACCCAUGAGAAUAGGGGCCCUAGUCAUAAACACUGAAGGGAAAUAGGGUGCCAUUUGGGACAGAAUCUAGCCUAGUUGGCCCAUUUAUAGCAUGGUACUUUUCAGUCUUGGUGUCUUCUUAUGGGUCUGGGCUAUAGUUCUGUAUUGCAAAAUGAUGCCUGACAUUUGUAGUGUCCCGGGACUUCUUGGAACCACAUUUUGGUCAACUUUUGUUUGUUACGGUUUAACUUGAUAUGUGACACAAACUAUUUGAGAUCAUUGUAUAUAUCUGUAUAGUUAUUUUCUAAAAGCUAUAUGAUGCUUAUGUAUUUUCCAGAAAAAAAAAAAAUACUUGAUUAAAAACCCUUAACCCAAAGUAUUAACCUUAGAGUAGUGCAUGGUUAAAAGCCAUUGGUGUGUUGUGUUCAUUUAGACAAUGAAUGCAUUUGGAACGCUUCACAAAUCUGACUGUGAUAUCGCUGAGUAGUGUUGCCACGAACAAAUUUAGAUGUUAUAUACUUUCAAUUUAAGUGCUAUUGUACAUCACUAAAAUACCAAGACACGUUGGGUGUAAUCGACCAUGCGGUCAUUACCCUGCGAUGCUGGUACUUUGUUUGAAAGCAGAACCUUGGGCUGUCAGUCACCUGUUCUCCCGUCUUUGUACAAUGUAUUGUAAAUAUGUUGCAAUGUACUUAUUUUGAUAUAAACCCCAAAAUAAAAUAUCCAUAGAUAUCUG